AAGACCUACGACGAGCGUGAUCAGCCGCUUCCGGCCAGGACCGGAAGUGCCCGGGAAAAACGCUGCGCGUGAUGAUGCACUUCCGGCCUGAGGGACUACUGUUCUCGGGCCUUCCGGCAGGUGGCGCUGAGGCCCAAGGAAACCGGCGCCAGCAGCUAGCCCUCGAGCAUUCUGGGAGUCGCAGUCCCUCCUCCUCCCUUCCCUCCUCUCCCUAAUCAAUUCCGGCCUCUUGGGGAAGGAGUUCCGACAUUUCCGGGGAGGGGAGGUCAGGGAGAGAAGGGAGGGCGCAUGCGCAAGGACUACAAGUCCCGACAGGCCUCGGGAGUAGCGGCCCAGUGCCUUAUGGGAGAUGUAGUUCUUCAGGCGCGGAAGCCUUGGCGCUCGGCCGGCGGAGGACUCGGUUUCCCAGAGAUCCGAGCGCGGCUCAGGAUGGAGGCGGUGCAAGAUGGAGAUGGCCGGCGGGCCACCGUGAGCUGGUAGGUUUGUGCCGCCUACAGUUGAGCCACAGCUGAACAGAGCUGUGCCGGGGGACUUCUGGGACUGAGGCCACCACGCCUUUGCCGCCACGGACCUUUGCCAGCGCUCCUCCCACCAGCACUCCAGUGUCAGCACAGGCACCCAGAAGACAAGGAGGUGUGGCGUGGCCUUGGGACACAUGGCUGAGGCAGAGGCAGGCGAGGCCUCUCUUGGCUUGGACGUCGAGCAGGGGACAGAGUAUGACACCCUGCCUUCCGACACCGUCUCCCUUAGCAACUCAGACUCCGACGUCAGCCUACCGAGCGGUGCUGAUGUGGAAGUUCUGUCCCCAGACGGGCUUCCUGGGGAGGCCCAGGGGGAUUCAGACCCCGAUGAGUCCCCCUCACCCCCCAGGGACUUCCCCACAGUUGAGGUGCAGCCGUUCCACCUGAGAGGCACGAGCACCACCUUCUCUCAGCGCAGCCACAACAUCUUCGACUGCCUGGAGGGGGCAGCCAGGCGGGCUCUGCCCUCUGUGCCCCAAACUGGCAUGGGUGACAAUGGGGGCUUCAAGCGGCCCCGGCUGCCCUCAAGCCAGCCUCCAGCAGAGGGCCCAGGCAGGCCUGUCCCUGACUACGUGGCCCAUCCCGAGCGUUGGACCAAGUACAGCCUGGAAGACGUGGCCGAGGCCAGCGAGCAGAGCAACCAGGCCGCCGCCAUAGCCUUCCUGGGCUCCCAGAGCUUGGCUGCCCCCAGCAACUACGUGCCCUCCUUCAACCAGGAUCCCUCCAGCUGCGGGGAGGGAAGAGUCAUCUUCACCAAACCGGCCCGAGCUGGCGAGGCCAGACCUGAAAGGAAGAGGGUCCUGAGAAAGGCGGGAGAGCCGGGCAGGGGCGCCCCUGGGAACCCAGCAGUGGUGGGGGGUGAGGGUCCUGUGGAGCUGGCCCACCUGGCUGGGCCUGGGAGCCCGGAGGCUGAGGAGUGGAGCAGCCCCUGUGGGGUCCUGCAGGAGGUGGACACGCCAGAGGGGGCCGCCCACACCGGGUCAGCAGCAGGGUCCCCAGUGGUGGAGACUGUUGGCUUCCACGGCAGCAGGAAGCGGAGUAGAGACCACUUCCGGAACAAGGGCAGCAGCCCCGAGGCCUCGGGUGCUGAGGUCUGAGAGGAGAGACUGCCCAGCCAGCCUUCCCCAACCAGGCUGCCCGUGGGCUGGUGUCGGAGGGGCUGCCCGGGGCCACUGCCCACAUAGGGUGGCUUUAGGGGCAGGUGCCGCGGGCCCCGUCCCCACUCGUUUGGGAAGGGAGCUGACGGGCUGCCUGCAGGUGGCGCCAGUGGCCCUGGCUGGGUCUUGGUGCUCUGGUCUCUUCUUAAGCAGAGACCUUGCUGAGGAUGUGGGCCAGAGGACGGUGGAAGCCCUGGCCCAUCCGGUGUCAGUGGGGGACAGUAAAGGUUUUGGG